AUGUUUGUGGUGACUGUUGCAGCAGUCUUGUCGAGCAUAGUGUUGGUUUUGAUUCACAAGAAACUACCGACAAGUGUGAGGGAGGCGAAGACAUCGAUCACGAUUACCGUUCCAGUUUUGGCGUUGUUGUAUUCGUCGAUUGUGAAUGACACAUUAACUACUGCAUUUCCUACAUACCGAUAUUACAUCUUUUGUAUCACUUUCUUGUUUUGUUUACUUCUGUUGGUUGUGUUCUACCCCUAUUUUCUGUUACACGUCUUUGGGUUUGGGAAGUUCAGUGUUCUUGCGAAUGUGCUGCACUUGCUGUUUAUACUUGCAGUGGGCAGUCUGGUGCCUUCAAACGAGUUUUUCUUUAGCUUCUUUGGGAUGAUCGACAAACUUGCGAUUCUUGGGAUAUUCAUAUCGGCAGUGUUUUCUGGGUAUUCUGCGGUGUCGAUCCCGGUAAAACAACUUGAUCCAUUUCAUAAGAAAUAUUCAAGGGCCGAGUACGAGGAGACUCAACAACAACUCAAAUUUAUGGAGAGACGGGGUGAGACCCAAAGUGAGUUAUAUCGAAUGGUGUACACCACUUAUUUACAGAUGAGUGAUAGCUUUGAGAGUGAGAAACGGAAGAAGGGGGUAGUAGGGGUAUACCAUAAGAGUUAUGGACUUGUGAUGACAUUAUUUUGUAUAUGGAAGUUACUGAAUAGCUUCAUUCAUUUAGUUGGAUUAACAUCGAAUCGAGGAACAAGUUGGGUAACAAAAUCACUGAACAUUCUAUCACGUGUUGUUCACUUACCGAUUGAUUGGAACAUCAUUGCGUAUUAUAUAUCCUUUGUGAUGGUUGGUAUAUUAGUGAUUACGGGGGUCAAAGGAAUACUCUCGAAAACUCUCAAGAUGAUCACUUCAUUCGACGAGACGAACAACUCGAAGAUUAAAGGGGGUGUAAUUGUCUGCGCGUGUUAUUUCAUCACAAUCUAUUCAUUCUCUUUUGUCAUCAUGCUCAGGUCAAAUUUUGUCGCAUCCACUUCAAUUGUAUACUACGCUUUUGAGGAUGUGGACUACGACAUGUACACCUCUGUCUCAGACUUUGUGUUCUGUAUCACUGCAUUGUUGUCACUUGCGUUCUAUUACCUCAAAAAUAAAUACGGCUUCUUCAAGUCAAAUACCGAGAGCAAGCUUCCUCUCUAA